CUGGAAUUUUACGAAAGAUCAGACUCCUUCGCCUUGCAGCCAGGAAGCGAGCACAAAGAAACCAAUAUGGAUCACAACAACUCGUAAUUAACCAACAUUGGAUCCGCGCCAACUAUAACUAGAAUAUUCAUAUGCUCAAAUUCAAGUUGUGCGAGAAUGUUCUACAUACAUGCAGUCGUGGAUACUCUAAAAAGGUGAAAGCAACCAAAGGUAUUGCUGCUGUCGCUAAAGUUCGUGAAAUUAAAGUGGAAUCAGAUCCGGAAAAAAUUGUGAACUGUUGUUGCAUUAACUACAGAAUAGGUGAACAACCUAUUCCAUUAAAACCUGAUAGUGAAUACCCAGAAUGGCUCUGGAAAUUAAGAGUAAACAGGCGUUCUGUCCCUCUUAGUGAAGUCGACAAAAACUCUUAUCAGUAUUGGAGACGAAUCAGAAAGAUGAAUCGUGACUUAAUAAAUAAUUUGGCUUCUGUAGACGGUUGGCAUAGAAAAGAUCAUCGAUCAUUUGGGAACCAAGCUCUCCGGUUUUACGGUGACUUAUACCUAGCUGUAAGUGAUUGGUCUAAUUCAAAAAAAUUACUGGAAAAUAAAAGUGAAUGAGAAGU